GAUCUAUUUGUUUAGGUACCUCGUGUUAUUAACAAAAUAGUUGUUUAUCGGGAAACCAAUAAAAGUGAAAACAAACGGAGUCGAUGUUUUCUUCUGUUGAUCAUCGAGGUUAAUCUGACUUGGUCGACUCUGCGUUGCGUCUUCCCACAAAGUGACGUCAUUUUAAAAGAAGAACAGGAUGGGCAGUUGGACGUGAGACAGGUAAAGGUGAGUGUCUGUCGUGCCUACUGACCGAGGAGGCAUACCGACGUUUUGUUGACUCCUUUGUGAGCCGACUGCGCAAGAACCAACGAUGGCGAAACAAGCGCCGGAUUUCGCGAACCGGCCCGACAACACAGCCUUCACGCAGCAGAGGCUUCCGGCGUGGCAGCCCAUGCUCUCUGCUGGCAUUGUCAUCCCGGGAUUUGUCCUCAUCGGCCUGGCAUUCAUCGGCAUUGGCGUCGCCCUCCUAGUCACUUCACAGAGCAUUCAGGUGUUCGAGAUGGACUACACUGGGGUUGGAAACAACCACCCGUGCUUCCACUGCUCCGACCCGAAGCCAAAGCCGUGUGUGUGCAAGCUGAACUUCACCAUUGACUUUUUCUUAAAGGGUCCUGUGUUCUUUUAUUAUGGUCUGUCAAACUACUUCCAGAACUACCGAAAGUACAGUGUGUCCAAAGAUGAUGAUCAGUUGUCUGGAAACCUGAAAAACUUUGAGAGUCCCAGUGACACCUGUUCACCCUAUCAGCGUGACAAUAAUAAACCAAUCGUACCGUGUGGAUCAAUAGCAAACAGCAUGUUCAAUGAUACCUUUAAGCUGUAUCAGAAUGUCAACGCGACAAUGAAGCCGGUGAACUUCGAUGGCAAAGGGAUCGCUUGGUGGACCGACUACAACAUCAAAUACAGAAACCCCGAUACCACACCCCUGAGGAACGCAUUCAACAAUACUGUGAAGCCUAUAUUUUGGCCCGUACCUGCUUACGAGUUAGACCCCAAGGACCCUGCUAACAACGGCUUCAUCAAUCAAAACUUCCUGGUGUGGAUGAGGACGGCGGCCCUGCCAGAUUUCAGGAAGCUCUAUGCGCGAAUCAAUGACCCUCCUUAUGCGGAGGGUCUGCCAGCCGGAAGCUACAUGCUGGAAAUUCAAUACAACUAUCCUGUUCUGGCCUUUGGCGGGACGAAGAAAGUGGUGUUCAGCAACGUAUCCUGGAUGGGUGGCAAGAAUGACUUCUUGGGCAUUGCAUACCUUGUGAUUGGUACACUGUGCGUCUUGAUGUCCAUAGUCAUGCUCAUUGUCUAUGCUAAAUUCAAGUUUCCUGAGGAAGACUAAGUUGUGGACUUUUCAACCCUAAUUUACACAACAUUCUUAACCCCCCCCCCCUUUGUUUGCACAAUGGCAAAUUGAGAGAACGGUAUGGUGUUCAAUCAAAGCGACCUGCUUAUGAGCUCAUGCUAUUUUGCACAUUAAGAUGCUCCGAAGCAGAAGCCUGGUGUAAUUUUGUGAGACAAGGUUUGACUCUAGAGUUUCCCCAUGUCUGCAAAAGAACAUUAAGAAAUGAGGCUCUCCUGAUAAACCUGGCAAGUUAGCAUAAGAAAACAGCUGUUAGAAGCCACUCUAAAUGUGUGCUCUUUACCAUCAAAAUGAGCUGCCUCCUCACAUUAGGUCAAUAAGGUUAAAGCCAUAGACUCCUUGAUAAGCCCCCUAAUACUGGACAAUGCAUGUAUAGUUGAUUGUACGUAAUCUGUAGUUGAUUGGCGAAGAAAUUAUUCAGUCAGAUGUGUAAAUUCUAACAGGCUGUGCAAGCUACUUUUUUUACUUGUGUUUUCAAAAGUUUUACUUCAUGUGGAUUUAUUUAAUAAAAGAACCUCAACUAUUCCUGUGUUAUGACAUCUAGGUUCUACGGGCAGCUGUGCUAUGUUCUUUUUAACCACCAAUGCUAGAUUCCAUGAUAAUGUCGGUGUUCCAUCAUCAGGGAACUUUUUAUCCCCCCUUCUACUUCUUUAUUGUGACUUAUGAGGUCUCUAGUUUCUGCUUUAAGCCCUUGGACGAUCUUCUGCAAGCUUUUUGGCCCAGGUGUCUUUUCUGGACUAAAGUCCAAGCUACAGAUGUGUUGGAUGUUUAGGUUUAUUACAUUUGUAAAAUAAACAAAUAUUUUACAUAUUGUUUAUUUUAAUGUACCAGUAGCAGGGGUCCAAAAAACGUUAAUUCAUAUUUUAAGGAUUUUUUCCGACCAAAGCAGCAUGCUUAUCAUAAAAUCAUUUGCUAUGGUUUAUUUUGCAGCUAAAUCAUUUAGAGCAAAUAUUUUCCAUCAAUUUAGACAGUGCAGUAUUCUGACCAUUCUGUACUCCCCACUGACAACAAUAAAAUGUGUAUUAACUUUU